AUGGCGAACAACGAACUGGGCAUGAUCGCCGCACCCGAUACCAAGCUUAUUGACCGUACGCGCGAUGGCCUGAAGCGCUCGUACGACCUCAAGGAACUAGGCGAGGACAAGCGAUUCCUGGGCUUUGAUGUCAUUCGCGACCGAGAAGCCAGGAAGAAGGCUUAUUAUAUGAAGGACACGGGAGCGCUCAACUGGGUUGCCUACGGCACCCGGCCUGAUAUUGCUUACACAGUUUCCCGCUUGGCCGAGGCCAACACGCCUCCUUGGCUGACCGGAUGCCAUCACGGCACUCGACCAGUGGCCAAGUGCACGACGGAGGCAGAGUUCGCCAACCUCGCGCCAGCCGCCCUCUCUGCACAUCUAUGGGUGGCCAGGAUCUUCCUGAACGCCUACCUCACUGUGAUGAACCCUCUCAACAAGGCGCGCACUCGGACUAUCGACAUUCAAUACAAAUGGGCCAUUGAAUAGGCGGAAAGGAAGCUCCUGGAGGCCAGGCACGUCGACGGCAUUGAUAUGCCCGCAGAUGGCUUCACAAAACCCUUGAAGAAGGAGAAACACGCUGCCUUUGUGAGAAUGCUACGCAUGGUGGCCAGAAAGGUGCCAUGGGCCCAAGAUUGAUGAAUGUAAACACCGUGGAUUCACCUGUACGUAUAGAAAAGCAGGGUUGGUGAUGACUUCAUUGCCCAGACGGUGAUGCUGUCUGUGUGGGGGGGUGGGGGGGGGGGAAAACCGUGUGAC